GCGGGGCAGUGGGCGUGUCCGGCUUCACAAUGGCUGGGAGUCAAAAACGGCUCAGGAUAGGUGGGCGGUGCCACGUCGAUGGGCGUGGUCUAUUGAGGGGCGGAGCCUCGUGCGUGCGCGUCCCGGAAGCAAACGCAGCACGGACAUGGGGGCUCAGGGUUUGGCGUUGCUCCCCGCUACACCAUCAGGAGUCCUGCGGGGCGCCGGGGCUAGGUACUAAAGCAGCCAGCCAGACCCAGGAGGAAGUCCAGCGAGGUGUGGAGGCCUGGCUCGCUCUUGGGAACCAGAGGCCUCCCCUGAGGACUGUUUCAGUGAGUGACAGCCCGGCAAGCCACCUGUAUGUGGGGAACAAGAUACACACAGCCUCCUUCUUUGGUAUCUGCAGCAAGCUCAUUCUGAAACCUAAGAGGACUCAGGAAGAACUUUUGGGUAUAACUAAUCAGUUAAACAUGGAUCCCAAAGUCAGUGGUAUAUUAGUUCAGUUACCACUUCCAGAUCACAUGGAGCGAACAGUGUGAAGUGGAGUUGCCCCAGGAAAAGAUGUGCAUGGGUUCCAUGUUAAUUGUGGGAGGCUGUGCCUGGACCAGCGUUCCUUCAUGCCUACUGCUGCUGGUGCUGUAUCGGAGAUCAUCGGAAAGAUGGGAAUUGAGAUCUUUGGGCAGAAUGUGGCUGUGGCGGGAAGAUCCAGGUGUGUGGGUAUGCUGCUGCACACAGAUGGAGGCCAUGAGUGACCAGGGGGUGACACAAUAGUGAUGAUUGUGCACAGGUACACCCCCUGGGAGCAGCUGGAGACCCAUAUCCAGCUGACAGAUGUCAUUGUGGUUGCUGCAGGAGUUCCGAGGUUGGUCACGCUGGCUAUGAUUAAAGAAGGAGCUACCAUGAUGGACGUGGGCAUCACCUACAUCUGCGAUCCUGUGACAGGAAAGACAAAAUUAGUUGGCGAUGUGGACUUUGAAGCUGUGAGGAAGAAAGCCAGCGUCAUCACUCCAGUCCCAGGAGGUGUGGGCCCCAUGAUGGUGGCCGUGCUUCUGAGGAGCACCCUCCUGGCAGCUCUGACGGUCAUUGCUAGAGCACAGGGAAGAAUGCAGAACGGUCACUGAUUGACACACAGUGAGAACCUUCCUAUUUACUACACAGCUACUUAUUUCUGUUAUUGUCUCUUUUUUCAUGGAUGGAAAUGUCAUGAAGGAGAUGGUUCACAGUUUUCGCGUUUACUGCUAACAGAGUUGGAAUUUUAGGGAAAACCAAAACAAUGUGAAUGAGAAUUCUGUUACUCAUUUCAUGGCUGUUUGUUCACCAUGUUAAAACAGUGAAGGGUUCCUAGUGAAUACAAUUUUUUUUUUUUUGUCUUUUUGAGACAGGGUCUCCCUAUGCAGUUCAGGCUGGCCUUGAGCUCACUUUGUAGCCCAGGCUGGUCUCGAACUUGCAACGAUCCUCCUGCUUCAGCCUCCCAAGUGCUGGGAUUACAGGCAUGAGCCACCACAACCGGCUGUGAAUACAUUUUAAUAUGGUGCGAUAUCACGCACGCUACGUUUUAACAAUGUUGUAUCAGCUAAAUGUGCACCCAUUUAAGAUGUAAUUUAGGUUUCACCAUAAGUGUGCUGAGUUUAUAUAUUCUAUGUUUCUGUCAAAUACUGAAAAAGAGCUUACUUGCUAAAGGAAAGAUGGAAUAGUAAAAUAAAUCCUGAUGUUGGAUAGCUCCCACAUGCAGCCCACAAGGCCACCCCAACGAGAAGUGAUAUUCUGUUGAAGGAAAAAAAAAUAUCCAAGUCAGGCGAAAGACCCAAUGUCAUUUAGAAAGUGGUGAUUCUGUCACACCCUGAAGGCCUAUCCAUCAUGGUCAUAUGUAUGCAAAAUGUCUUAGGUUUAGCAUUUCUUUCUUCACCUAAGAAAGUAUUUGAACAGUAGUUUCACUGAAGAAUAAUGGAACAAUCUAAAACACAUACGAAAUAAACUUAACAUUGUGUUUUUCCACCAGCAUCAGAAAGGAGGCUCUCAUUAAAGGGCUGCACCUGACAGGUUUGUUCCCAAAUUCAGAAACUGAAGAGGAAAAGAUAGUGCUUUCAACAUGCUGAAACUACGUCUUAGGACACAGCUGAAAAUCUACAGCUGCAUAUCCACGAUUCUUCCCACUUCUCUUGUGGCAUUGGGUUCUCAAAAAAGGUGCGGGCUUUCUAGCACAAUUUAAAUCAGGAAACACAUGUGAGCAGUAGCUGAAGCUAACUUGAGACCACUAAAGCAUGGUGUUCACUUCUCAUGUACCAGUCAGGUAUGUUCAUGAACCAACAAUGAUUCUUAGUUAAUAUGUGUCUUUAUCAGUGUGUACUCUUGAUCAUUUUGUGAAAAGAGAUUUGAUGUUUAAAAUUAGCAACAUGCCAACAAUAAAGCAAUUUGAAG